AUGGAAACAAAAUAUAGUUGCUAACGCUAUAUUUUACUUUGUUUUGACAGUAACUACCUUUUAAGGCUUAAAGGCAGUUUGAUCAAGUUGGAAAUAUCGUUGAAACACAUUGCCCUCUUUAUUUUACAGAUUUAAAAGCAGAUGGUUCUUACUACGUCUACGCGAAAAUGUCGGAAGAAAACACAACUUCAGCUGGUGAAGUGGCUGAGAGCACACAGGCAGCUUCACAGGAAAACACUGGAGGAUGUGAUACUGAACACUCAGUGAUGCAGCAGGAGGCUGAAGAGGAAUCACAAAAGCAGAUAACUGCAGACAAGUACUACAAGUAUGAGGAGCUUCACUCCAGACCAUUCAUAACACCCGACUCUGAAAUCCCAGAGAACCUCCUGCACCUCUCUCACUCCUUUGGCUAUGACAGCGGGCGCAGGGGGAACCUGCAGCUACUGGAUGAAAGAACUCUGAUCUUUAUAGCAGGUAACCUGCUCGUCCUGCUGGAUGUUUCCACCAAGGAGCAGACAUACCUCCGCUCCUGCAGUGGAGGAGGAAUCGGCUCCAUUGCGGCACACCCUAGCAAAGAGUCCUUUGUUAUAGCAGAGAAGGGAAACCAUCCCAACAUCAUAGUAUAUGAAUAUCCCUCGUUACAACCAUUCUCCAUCCUCAGAGGUGGUACAGAGCAGGCGUACAGCUUUGUUGAUUUUAACCGUGACGGGAACCUGCUAGCCAGUGUGGGGAGCGCACCUGACUACAUGCUGACCCUGUGGGAUUGGAGGCAGGAGUUGGUGAUGCUGAGUUGCAAGGCCAUUUCUCAGGAGGUCUACAGAGUCACCUUUUCCCCAUACAACCCGGGGCUGCUCACAUCGUCAGGAUCUGGACACAUCAAGUUCUGGAAAAUGGCCAGCACAUUCACAGGUCUUAAAUUGCAAGGGCUUAUGGGACAUUUUGGAAAAACUGCAGGGACUGAUAUUGAGGGCUACGUGGAACUUCCUGAUGGAAAGGUGGUGUCUGGCUCAGACUGGGGCAACUUGCUGCUGUGGGAUGGGAAUGCCAUCAAGGUGGAAAUUUGCCGUAAGGGGGGGCGGAACUGCCAUGCUGGGAUGGUCCAGCCAUUUGCCCUAGAAGAUGGACAGCUGAUGACAAUGGGCUCUGAUGGAGCAGUCCGGGGCUGGGACUUUGAGAGCAUCGACACUGCUGACAGUAGCAGCGACAGCAACAAGUUUGAGCUGGAGCCCAUGAAUGAGAUGGUGGUCGGACACAACGUCUGCCUUUCCUCGAUGGUGAAGAGCUCACUGCCUGACUCCUUCAUCUGGUUUGCUCAGGAUUCAAGCGGAGCCAUUUGGAAAAUGGAUCUUUCAUUUACAUACACAACUCCAGAUCCGGAGUGCCUGUUUUCCUUCCAUGCUGGAGCAAUCCAGGGGAUGGACGUGUCUAGGAAAUCUUACCUGAUGGCCACAACUGCUCUAGACCGUUCAGUCAAAGUUUUUGAUUUCCUGGCAAAACGAGAGCUGACCACCAGCCGCUUCAAUCAGGGAGGAACUGCUCUCGGCUGGGCUCCACCUUUGGUGAACCAGAGUGGAAGUUUACUGGUGACGGGCUUUGAGGACGGGGUGGUCCGGUUACUGGAGCUGUACAACCCUCAGAGGCUGCAUGUGGUCACCGGGCGCAGUCCCAAAGGAGACGCCAAGCUGCGGCUCAAACAGGCCUUUAAACCCCAUAAUGCCCCUGUAACUGCUGUAGCAUAUGAGCGAAAUGGAGAUAUCCUAGCCACAGGGAGCUCAGACAGCACUGUGUUCUUCUUCUCUGUUGGGGACAAGUACAACCCCAUCGGCUUUACUACUGUUCCCGGGCCGGUGCAGGCGCUAGAGUGGUCCCCUCAUUCCCACAGUGAGAACAGGCUGCUCAUCCUGUGUCAGACUGGUCACGUGGUCGAGGUGAACAGUCCUGAUCCAGAGGCCCAGAGGCCGGCCAAAACCUUCCAGCUUUCUGAACUACCCAGGAGAUCUUUCAGGUUUAGAAGCAUCAAAUCUCGAAUCAAGAGAGAUGCAGAAAUAGCAAGACGUCAAGCCGUAAAGGAGAAGAAGAAGAAAGAGAGAGAAGAAAGGUUGAAAGAAUCAAAAGAACCAGAUGCAGAGCUAGAAGAAGAGGAGGAAGAGGAGGAAGAGGAAGAGUUGCCCUCCAUCUACAUCCCUGAGCCUCCAAGUCCUCUCUGUUGUGGUUUCUAUUCACAGCCUGGCCAGUUCUGGCUGUCCAUGGGUGGCUUUGAUUCAGGUUUCUUAUAUCACUGUAGGUUCUCUGAGGACCAGGGUCAGACUCCAGACAAGCAGCUAGAUGAGCCCUUUGACUUCUUGCCGGUCCACAACGCAGAUGACGAUCCCAUUCGUUCCAUCACCUUCAGCUCCGACAGACAGCUUCUGCUCUGCGGCAUGCACUCAGGCUUCAUCAGGGUUUACCCUCUGAAGCCUGGUGACCACAGCCUCACCUCCAUGCAGGCCUACUGGGCUCUUAGUGUCCAUGACAACCAGUACGGACACCUUCGGCACAUUCGAUGUAGCCACGACGAUCACUUUGUGCUGACGGUGGGAGAUGACGGCAACAUCUUCUCCUUCAGCCUGCUUCCUCCAGACGAGCUACAGAAAGCCCUGCAGAGAAAGAGAGCCAAGGUUCCUUCACCCAGGGUGGGUCUUGAGAAUGAGGCAUUAGCCCAAGACAUUGAAAACCCAGCAGCCUACAGCAUAGAGACGGCUAAGCAGAAGCUGGAAAAGGACCGUCUGCGGCGGGAGGCCGAGCUGAAGAUUGUGGCGAAGCGGAAGAAGCUGGCUGAGCUCCAGAAGAAGUAUAAACAGCUGUUAGAUGGCAACCUGAGUCUGCCAGAGCAUGUUCGCCUGAAACCUGCGGAGCUGCAGCUCGACCCUCGGUUCCGAGAGCAGGCAGAGAGAGUGAAGGCCCAGCGGGGGAUGGAGGUCAGAAAGCAGAUGGGCUGGGAGCUGGAGCGCUCCACCAUAGCACUCAGCAAACUGCAGGAUGGGUUCAAGGACUCUCUGGGGGCCGACAUGGUCACUGUGGUUGCCAUCUGCACCAACCACAGAGUCUCCACAUACCGCCUGCCGGUGGUCACCAAGCCUUCAACCCAGCGCACGCAUCAGAGGGGAUCCAGCUCGUCUGACGUAGACGGAGCUGCAUCAGAACACAGAAAAUCCAGAGUAGAGCCUUCAAAAGACAGCAGUGAAUUAGAAGAGGAGGAGGUGCUGCGAGCCCCGGUUGCUCGUCCAGCAGGGAUAAAGCUCGGCGAUCGCCAGGUCGAGAGGCUCAGAAAGGCUGCAGAGAAAGCUGAACAAGCUCGUGCCAAGAUAGAGCACAGGAAGCAGGAAUGGGCCCAACUUUAUGCAGAGAAGCCAGAUGAGAACUGCGAGGAUCCGCAGGAUGUGCAGGCCAUCCAAGAAGCCAAAGAAAACAUCGGAGACUUAAAACUGAAGUCGGCUAAAGACUUCACAGUACCAAAACACCUGAGGAUGAACGCUGAGAGGAAGAGGGCAGAGCUGACAGCCCUGGAGAAAAAUAUCCGUAAGAGGCAGACGGAGAUGAAUGGACGGAUAUUGGCGUUGCGGGACUCCAAGGUUCGCCUGGUGUCUCAGUUGAGGACCCAGGCUCAGCAGGUCAAGAAAGUCCAGCAAUGUCUUGCAGCCCAUCUCGACCGCCCUCUACCUACCCUGCCGUGCAUACUUCCAGAGGAAACCCCAGAGAAGAAGCUGCAGUACAGCCGUGCUACCCUGGAGCGAUACGACCGUCUGAGGAAACAGAGGUUCCACACCAUGCAUCAGGAGGACCAGGAUGGAGCCACACAUAUAUUGGAGCAGCUAGAGAAAGAGAUGGAAGUUCAGAAGUGGAAAGAGGAAGAAGAAGAAGAAGAAGAAGAAGAAGAAAGAGAAGAAGAAGAGCAGCGUGGAGAGGAAGGGACUCCGGAGACAGCGGUGGAAGAAGGAUCAGAACUGAGCGAGCUGGAGGAGGAGCUCCAGAGAGAGGAGGAGAUCAGACUGAAGCAUGAGCAGGACUCUCUGCUGGAGCAGAUGGAGAGUUCGGUGUGUCAGUUUGAUGCAGAGCUAAUGCUGCUGCGUCACCAGAAGCUGCGUCUGGACUGGGAGCUGAAGAUGGCCGACCUCCGUCAGCUGACACUCUACCAGGAGCUGCUGCUCCUCAAAGAGUUUGAAAGGAAGGAGGACAGCCUGCACGAGACGCUCAAUGGACGCAUUAGGGAGGAGAACAGCAUCAAGUCUAAGCUGGAGGAGUUUAACGAACAGCUGGAACUGAAGCGGGGAAACAUAGCCAAGCUGCAGGAGAGAGAGAAGGCUCUGAUUGCUGCCUUUCAGGCCUCACUCGGUGAACAAAACAAGUUUGAAGAGUUUCUCACCAAAGUCUUCAAGAAGAAGAUCAAACGUGUGAAGAAGAAGGAGACGACGGGAAGUGAAGGUGACCGGAAGAGAAACAAAUGGACCUUGUAACAAGUGUAAGGGUUUUGAUUGAUGCUGUGUGUGUAUCAACAUCCGUCCUGUGUGUUUGCAGAAGAAGAGGAGGACAGUGAUGAAGACUCUGAUGAUGACGACGACGACUGGGAUGAUGAUGAAGAUGACACAGAGGAGGGAGGAGCUGCUCUGGAUGACAGUGUUUGCCCUCCAGGCUGUGAGCCAGAGUUGUUUGAGAACACACUGCAGCUGCGUGAGCGUCGGCUGGACCUGGAGGAGCUACUGGUGGAGGAGAAGAGGAUUGCUGAAGCUCUUAAGAGGGAGUGCGACACCCUCAUCAAGAAGGAAAAAACAGCAAAAAGCAGUCGGAAGGCAGCAGAAGACGACUUGGAGCUGGUCAACAGGGAGAAACAGCAGAAAAUGAAUGAACUGGAUGUGGUGGUUCCUCUCAGACUGCACCAGAUUGAGUAUGUCACUAACGGCUCUGUGCCAUCUGACCUGAGCUCAGCGUUGGUGCUGGAUAGGACGGAGCUGAACAGGCUGGAGGAGCGCAUCAAGCAGCUGCAGGUGGAGAAGAGUGAGCAGAGAGAUCUAUACUGUCAAGCUCGUCAGCAGCACACCAAGCUCCUCCAUGACUGCAAGGACAUGAAGGCCAACAUCCAGGUGCUGGAGAAGCAGUGCAGUGAGCUGAUGUUGCUGAAGUUCGGGAGGCUGGUGGAUCUGGAGGCUCUGCAGACGCUGUCGGGGAACAGAAUGCUGGAGGAGCUCAAGCAGGAAAAGCUUCUCAGAGAGGCUGCAUAUGCCAAGGAAAUCAAACAGUGGGAUGCGAAAGUAGAAGAAGCACGUCAGGCCCUGAUGGAGGUGACAAGGUGUAACACAGAGCAUCUCCUUUGCAUGAAGAACCUCUUAGAUGAGAACAGGGAACUGGAACAAAAACUCAACUCAAGGCAGAAGAAAAUGGGCAGACAUUUCCAGGAUUACAGGAGACGUGCGGACCAAGAGGAGAUUGGAAGGCUCCAGGGUCUAGUGAAAACACAAUCGCAGCAGGCUGAGGCCCUCAGGAGAGAGAUUUGGCUCCUCUCUCGUAAAGGAGGCCACGUCCUGCCCCCUUGCCAGGCCCCUUUACCCCCUAUUGGCACUUUGCCCACGCCAACAGGCAGCAUCCACACCAGCAAUCAAGGAACAAGGCAUCCAUCCAAUCAGCUUAAAGCACAACACUCUCCCAGCAGACAGGAAGCUAAUUAAAACUCCUCUACAGAUACUGUAACUGUACUUUUAUGAAUUGUAGUUAUUCUUAAGAUUAAAAACCUUCAGU